AUGUCCUGGUGGUUAGAUGACGCUCAUUCCGAUGAAAUUGAAAUAGCGGCGGUCUUUCUCUGCUUAUGCGGUUUAAUGGUAAAUAAAACACUCUGCAAUGAGUUACCGUCAGUAAUCGCUGCAGCUUGCGUACGAGACGCCUUACUGCUGCUGGGGAAACGGGACUUGAUGCUGCGUCUUGAGACAAGUCCAGUAUUCAAAGCAGCAAAAAAUAAGACGACGGAUAUGUGUUCCAUUUGCUCAACAUUGCGUACAGCGGUGCGUAUCGUGUCGAACUCGUACGAGUACAAGACGCCAAUGGAAAUUUUUGGAACUGGCCCUCAUUUUAUAGCACAAAAGAUUGUAAAAUGCGCAUACGACCUCGAAGUUUCGGAAGUCCAGUGUACAAGGAAUUGA